AUGUCGGACCCCCUCGACAUCCUCCCGAGCGACCCAGCGAUCCUCGACCCGCCCAGCAACCACCUCGAAGCCAGCACGACCACCUUUCCCUCGGACUCUGAAGACUACGACGCCGACGCCGACGCCUCCGCCUCGCCGUCACACUCCCCGCCCUCGUCCUCGUCGCCCUUGAUCCUCUACAGCCCACCCACCCUCUGGGGCCUGCUGCGCGGCGCCGCCAUCAACCUGCUGCUGCCGUUUGUAAACGGGCUGAUGCUGGGAUUCGGAGAGUUGGUUGCGAACGAGGCCGCGUUUCGAUUGGGCUGGAGUGGAACCAAGGUUUUCCCCUCGGGACGGAGCGACUCUAGACGUGUCGGUCCUGGCGUCGAGAUGCGCGCUGAUCCCGUGGAGAGGCGGAGGAGGAAUGGGCAGGAAUUGGAUAUGUACACGGCUCUGGAGUAG